AUGACAAUUAAAUCGGAAUCAGUUUGGAGUUAUGUUGAAUCGCCAUCGAUCGAUGGUUUUAUUGAAGCAGCUAGUUAUUUUCUUAGUUAUAUGAUCGGUAUGUUUCUUGUAUCAAGAUUUUUACCAAGUAUUGAAGCAAAAAGCCCAAAGAAAACCUAUCAAUUGACUGGUCUUUAUGUAUUUGUUCUAUUGACCAUUUUAAUUCCAAUUGGUUAUUACACUGGAAACAUUUCUUUUUUAUUUAUAAUAAAAAAGUUCAUAUCAUUUUUUAUCGUCAUAAAUGUAUUUGCAAUUUUAUUUAGUUUAUAUUUAUUUCUAAGACCAGAAGCUGUUAGAAGUGCUCCAAAUGCUAAAUUUCCUAUUGACUAUUGGCACGGUCGUGAAAAAGAUCCAAUGUUAUUUGGUGUUGAUUUAAAAGUUUUUUUCUAUCAACCAAGUCUUAUUGGAUUAGCAUUAGCUAAUUUAAGUUUAGCGGAAGCUCAAAUAUAUUUGCAUGGAGCAUUAACCGUUGAAAUGAUUUUAUAUCAAACGUUUUGGUAUCUCUAUUUGUUCACACAUUAUAUUCGUGAAGAUUUUAUGCUAUGGACAUUUGAUAUCAUUGAAGAUCAUUUUGGUUUUAUGCUUGUUUGGGGUGAUCUUAUUUAUGUUCCAUUCCUCUAUAGUAUCGCUGGUUGGUAUGUUGCUGAUAAUGUUCAUAGUCCAAUGUCCAUGACAUGUAUUAUUGUAACUUUACUUCUACAUUUUAUUGGUCAUUAUGUAUUUCGUGAAUCGAAUUGGCAAAAAUUUGACGUACGAAAAUAUGGUUCGCAAGUUAAAAUUUGGGGAAAAAAAGUUGAACUUCUUGACGGGCGACUUCUUUUGUCUGGUUUUUGGGGUAUUGGUCGACAUGUCAAUUAUACAGGCGAAAUACUUGUUUAUUUGUCGAUUGCAUUAUGUUCUGGUACCGUAUCAUAUGUACCUUACAUAUUGCCUUUCUCACUUUUUAUUCUUUUAUCACAACGUGCUUCUCGUGAUGAUCAACGUUGUCGAAAGAAAUAUGGAGAUAAAAUAUGGGAUCGAUAUUGUCAAGCUGCAAAAUUUCGAAUGAUACCUUUUAUUUACUAA